UACUUGAAAAGUUUUAUUUUUUUUUUAAAAAGUAUUUAAAAAUAAGGCAGACAAUCUUAUUUACAUCAUGAACUUGCAAAGCUCUCCCCUCAUGAAUGGCAUGGGCAACGAGUGAGCUGCAACCAGUUCUCCAAGGUCAGUGUCUUCGAUGUAAAUAGUGCUCAGUAUAUUUGUGACUUGAUCACAAAGUGGGAAUCCUUAGUGCCUCUAUUAAUGAGGUUUUGGAGUCCAGCCAGUCCUCUGUGGCAAGGGCAAUGCCCACAAGAAAGAGGGCACAGGUAGCUCAGGGCGUGGCUCAGAGUUUACAGUCACAGCAAACGACUGGGAACAAGGAGAUGUGAUCUGCACUCGAGAGAGGAGUCAAUGUUUGGUGUUUGAAUUCGGGGCCCCAUGGAGCCUCAUGGGAAGAGUUUAGGCAUUUGAGAAGUCUGACCUUAUUAUAAUGAUGAGGGAUGAAUUCAUCACCUUGGCCAACAUUAUGAAAGUAGAAAUUAGAAAGAGAAAUUAGUGAAUCUUUCCUCUGGUUUUCAGAUUAUGGAUAAUUUGGAGACUGGAUCAGAGAGCUACUUGGGGCUCAGGAAGAAGGAGGAAGCCAGCCCCACCUACACCCCAGCUGUCAGCAAGGACACUGACUGGGACUUGUGCUUCCAUCUGUCAGAGCCAAGCAAGAUCCCAGCACACCAGCAAACAGAUGAGCUGUAUCCCACUGGUGGGUCUGAGAGUGAAGGCACUAAAGCCAAGGAGGAGGAGAGGUCCUAGACUAUGUCUCUUCCCAAAGAGAAAGCAGCCCAAUCACACAAAAAAACAGUUUAACUGCUUACGGGGGGGGAGGUGAACUCCCACACAAACAAGGAGCUGACUCACUGGGCCAUCCUUUCUCAGGUUAUGUUUGGGGAAGAACACUGGAAAUGUACACAGGCUUUGGCGAACCUGGCUAUGGCGCUUGACAUUGAGGGGCUCCCAGCUCAGGCCAAGAAACAUGCUGGGUGCACCGAGAACACACUGCUGACCUGGAAGGAAGACAUGACCACAGACAAGGACAGAGAGGACAUCCUGGAAGCUCUGGUUAUGCUCUACCACACCAAGGUGGCCUGGCUCCUGCAGAACCACAGCAGGGAGGCCUCGUUCAACCUGCUGAAGGCAGAGAGAAGUAUAAAGGAGCUGAAAGAAUUAUGUGAGGGAGGCAUUUAUGUAUUAACAGUCUCAGAGAAAGACCUCACAACUGCGUGGGGCACCUCCUUGGCCAUCCACUGGCCAAACCGAGCUCCAGCAUACUUUGAAGAGGCAAUUGGCAACAUUAUUACUGCCAAGGGUGCUAGGAUGUCAAAUCUGAUAAGUCCAUACGAGAAAACGCAGCUGCGAUAGAACCACAGCCAGGCCCCCCACUACAUGCAGCACCCCCAUUCUCUCCGUGUUUCUCUGUUCACUUAAGUCAGCCCUCAAACUGCAGACAUGUUACCAGCCAAGGUGUGUGCCAUGUCUAAAGAGUCCCAGCACAGGGAAUCUCUGGCAAAAUUCACCUGUGCAAAGAUGGAGAUCACACACGCCAUGCAUAGGAACCGUAAUCUGUGGGCUGAUGAGAAGAUCCAGUGAUAAAAAGGAAAAACUGGCCCUUCUCCCUCCUGUCAACCUCCUUGACCCUUUUCCUCUGGCUUACAAGAGAGAAUGUUUGUAGUAGCUAGAUUUUUUAUGACCUAUAUUCAAAAGUGAGGUGCUGAGGGACCAAGAGGAAAGCACAGCGACAAAUUCAUCUUUCCACAGUCGCCCUUUGUCUGGCAGGCCAUCCUUUUGAAGCAGGAGGCUUUGGAAGAGACAGAGGAACCUGUGAGAACAGUGUCCCAUGCUCAGCUGGGCUUAAUCAGAUCAAUGGACAUGAAUGGACUCAAUGGCUCAACAGGAGGAAUGUGGGAUCUGUGAAUACUGUAAUUUAAACAUUUUUAAAAUGUUGAUUUUCUCUGCUUAUAAAAAGAAUCAUUUUGGUGUAUAUUACCUUCUAGUCACAUGUGAGA